GGGGGGGGGGGGGGGGGAGGGGUCACUCCACCCCCAUACAGGUCUGCUUCUGACAGAGGAUGAUAGACCACUCUAGAGGCUUGAAGACGUAGAACAGACGUACUUGAAGCUGAUCUCGACUGAUUUACACCAGAAUUGAGGAAUCUCUCCAGGGAAGUAUUGGUCCUAGAGCCGAUCUACCGAGCGAUUGCGUCACGUCAUCUACCAUUUGAAGGGAUAGCGAUGCUUCACUUUGACUCACACCCAGAUCUACAGAUAGAUACCAACAUGCCUGCAGAUAUCAUCUUUGAUAAGCAUCAGUUAUUCGAUGUCCUCAGCAUUGAGAACUGGAUCAUGCCCGCCAUCUAUGCAGGUCAUCUUGGUCAUGUGACCUGGGUCAAACCUCCAUGGGCGGAUCAACUUCCUGAGGGGUCACGGAAGGUCAAAGUCGGGAAGGACAGGUCAUCUGGGAAAUUAAGAGUCAACUGGCCGGAUAGUUACUUCGUCAGUGACCUCCUUUUUGCUCCUCAAGAAGACAUGGAGAAUGGAAAAGAUGCGGUUGUUGAUGUUGUUACCAUGGAAACAGAGUGUCUGAGGAGCAAAGACUUUACCUUUUCCCCAUCGGUGCGUAUGGAGUCACGCUGUACAUCAUUCUUGAGCAGGGAGAAAGGUGAUCAGGACAUGCCUUUGAGAGUUAAGAAAGGCAGUGUUCAUGCUGGUGUUGAAACACAAAGUAAAACGUUACUGGAGAGUGGCAGAGGUGCUUCAGUUGAUCUGAACAAUGCUGAAAGUGAAAGUAGGACGUUCUAUGAUGAUGAUGAACGCGGUUCAUCCACUGCAGGACUUGUUCAGAACAAGGUUGAAACGCAAAGAAUGUCUUUGGAGAAUGGGAACGAUCCAUGUAGUCAAAGCAAUGUCCAAUUGCUUAGAAGAACGUCUUCGGAGAGUGGGAACGCUCCAUCAAAUGACAGACAUGAUCACGAUGAUGUAGAAUCCGACAGGGAUGCUAUGAAGUCAGACAAAAUGGCAUCUUCCUCUUACAACAAUGAACAAGACAUAAACUCUCACACAAAUUGCCCAACUCAGCAAAUAUCAAGCAAAACUGAAAUAAGAAACUGUAAUCAGCAUCAUGAUAGUGUUGCCAAUUUGAAUGAAAGGGACUCUGAGCACGAGAUAAAUAUAUCAGAAGACAGGAGUUCCCUGUGCAGUAUUGAUAGUAAUGACCAGCAAACUACAGAUAAUACUCACCAGUGCAAUAGUAGCGAAAUAACUCCAAAUUCCAUUGAGACUGGUACAUGUGUUGCCAAUUUGGGGAGAGGACAAGUCCAAGGAUCGCGUGCUCCGUCAUUCGGCACAUGUGACACUGUUAUUCAGGACUAUUCGGAGUUCAGUGGAAAGUUCAUUUUAGACAUUGAUUUAGAUUUCUUCUCCACGAGGAACCCAUUCAAACAGAUGUACACAAAGGAGCAAUACAACCUGAUGGAUGAACUGUAUCGAUUCGCUGCUCCCACAGAUGAAUCUGUUCCAGCACUGAAAGCAUGUCAGAGGAAGAGAGGCAAGCAGAUCAGCGAACUGUCUGCUGGGCUGAAGGCUGCAUUCAAUGGUGACGGUUAUGAUGCUUUGCUUGGUGAUAGGGAAACAUUCAUCAAGAUUACUGAACUGGUCAAAUCUCUUCAGUCGACGCCGCACAUCGAACCAGAAUGCCUGGACCCUGAGAUGGUCCACAUGGCUGGGCUGACGUGCGAUGAUCAUGGUGAACUGCCUCACCAUGUCAGCUCCGACGAGGAGAUCGAUAGCUUGAUAGCGACGACAAGAGAGCUUCUAGAAGAGUUGCCGGCACCUACUAUGGUCACUAUAUCAAGGUCUUCCCAUGAUGAUUAUUGCCCAGCACACCAGGUUGAUGGAAUUCAAUGCAAGGUUAUCAAGAUGUUACACUCACUAUAUGACAAGCUGGAUAUACAUUUAGAAUAUGAAGCAGAUUGAUAACAUUGAAACCUGUGUAUAAAGACCCAAUGUUGGCUAGAAAAUUAGUGUUUAUGGCCCGAAUUCACAAAGGUGGUUUUUAAAACCCACGGUUGAAUCCAUGGUUUAUGCAGAUUUCCUGUAUAAAUUAUGCUUAAUUUAGCGCUUAUUGGGUGCGUGUAUAAGAAAUGUUACCAGGGUAAGAUUAGAUAUUUUAAUCAUGAGUCCACUGUUUGAGGAGUGGACUCCUAAAUAAAAUAGCAUGGAUAAUCACGGCAACAGGCGUCAAUUUGGCGCACUGUGACAAAAGCGUGCAUCAGCAUUGGACAUUUUUAUACAUGCUCCUGAUAGGUGCUGAAUUAAGCGUAAUUUAUACAGGAAAUCUGCAUAAACCAUGGACUCAACUUUGAGUUUUCAAAACCCCCUUUUGGAACUCAGGCCUAUGAGUAGUCUUUAUGGACAGGUGCUUGUAGUUCAUCAAAACCUACAUGAAUUAUAAAGAUCGCACAAGGGAGGGAAGAAAAGUGGUCUUAAACGCAUGGGCCUGUAUUCUGAAGUCGGGUUUAACUUAAA